GAGGAACUAUUGACAUGACUGUACAUGAAGUGCUGGAAGGAGGUGGCCUGAAGGAGCUACACAAAGCCUCUGGAAACAACCUGGGAGGCCAAACUGUGGACCGAAAAUUUAAAGAGUUCCUCAGGGAAAUAUUUUCAGAUGGAGUCUGGGAUGAAUAUGAAAGAGAACACCCCAGUGAAGUUCAGAAAAUGAUAUACGAUUUUACACUUUUCAAAAAAAGAAAUGUAGAUGCAGAGAUUAGCUGUCCUUAUAACCUUGGGGAUAUUGCUAAAAAAAAGAAAGACAUAGAACGAUUCUUUGAUGGAGUGAAAGGAGCCUCCUGGGAUGAAGGAUCUAUUGUCAUCGAUAAAAAGAAAAUUCGUUUUUUUUUCUCGGAGAGUCUAGAGGGUAUUACUAAGAGCAUCAAAGAAAUGGUUAACAAAGUUCCCAACAUUACAUUUAUUCUGUUAGUUGGGGGCUACGCGGAAAGCCAGAUUCUGCGGAGACAUAUUUAUGAGGAAUUCAUUGAUUGCUAUAAUGUUCUGUGUCCAUUUAGGCCACAGGAAGUAGUCAUGAGAGGGGCUGUAGAGUUUGGAAGAAAUCCUGCACUAGUGGAAUCUCGUAAAAGUGCCUUCACAUACGGGGUUUGUAUUGCUCAGAGUUUUGAUAAGUUAAAACACAGGGAAGAUAAGAAGUUCACCAAUGAAGAGGGAGAAUGGUGUAAUGAUAUCUUCAUGAGACUGGUGACAGCUGAUGACGAUGUUGGUUGGGAUGAAAUUAGAACUGAGAUUCUGUGUCCAACAGAACCGCAGCAGACAGUUAUAAACUUCACCUUUUAUCAGACAGAAAAAAAACAUGUCACAUAUGUGGAUGAAGAAGGGGUGGAAAAAAUUGGCUCAUUUGAUGUUCAGUCACCCGAUACAACACUGGGAAUGAAACGUGAGAUAGAACUAAAAAUAAAGUUUGGCUUUACAGAGAUUACAGCUACAGCCACAGACAAAGAGACAGGCUCAAAUCAAACAGUCGAGUUAAACUUUAUGACAAAAUCAUAA